CCUCUCUACAGCUCCAUGUUUAGCUCCUCUGGGUACGUAUCAAGAAGGUACAUCAUCUAUGCAUGGCUCCAGGAAUAACAUUACGUGUCGUCUGAACAGCAACAAUGCAAUACUUGAAUGUCAAGAUGGACUCUGGUCUGACACGAAUUUCAGAUGUCCAGCUUGUGUGAGAGCGGUUGGUAUGGACGCCAAUGUUUUAUUGAACUCGGAUGCCAUUGAGUUCUAUAACGGUGACUUCGUUAGUAUAACCUGCAAAGAAGGUUCAUCAUUAAGUGGUAUACCCUUCACAUUCUGUUCGCAAGAUGGUUCUUUCCAAUUCCCGCUAUCAGAUGUCACAUGUAAAUUGGACUGCAACGACCCUGCCAUAGACCAACCUACUUUGCACUCUACUCGUGAUGUAUACUCUCACCAUUCGAUCGCUUCGCUCUCUUGUGCUGAUGGAUACGGUAACUUAGAGGGAGCUAGUCAGAUCACAUGCAACAAUGGAGUGUGGUACCCGAGCCCAAAUUUAACUACUUGUGAGGUUAUAUUAUAAGCCUGUCACCAAUACUGAUGAUGUAUCUCAGUUGAAUUAAAAGGGAUGAAAGAUGGAUAGUUGAUUACUGGAUGUAUAAAGUAGGUAAUAAAACAAUAUUUUGCGAAAAAUCGAGUUCUACAUUGUGUUACAUGUAUAAUACAAAAUAUAUCUUUUCAUUAAGAUAUAAUUCUCAGCUUCAAGAUUAGGUAAUUGCGAUUAUGUAUUACAAAUGUCUUACUACUAGGUAGGCCCUAGAAUCAAGGGUAACAUUGACAUUCAUCAAAUCUAUGUAUUUUUAAUAGAUAAAUUCGUUAAA